AUGAAUUCUUUGCCUUGUAGGGCUUUGGCAAUAGACUUUCCAGAUUGGUUCUAUUUUGCUUCUGUUUUACUCUUCUCUGGGAAAAGUCCCCAAAAGAAUUUUCAAUCUAAAUUCUCGUUAUCACCUAAAGUCCGAGAAGUACAUGAUAAGGAAUUAUUGUCUACGUUUGCAGCAAGGUAUAUUGCAUGGAUUCUGAGCCCCACUAGUAAAUCUAAUCAGGAUUUGUUAGUUGAUUUUUUUACUAAAAUAUCCGAGUCUUGGGCUCUGAAACAGUUCGACUUAGCUACGCACAGCAAAGGAGCUACCUUCAAGAAGAAACUUAAGAAACCGAAAGUUCAUAACAAGAAGGAGGAUUAUUCUCUGGAGAAAAAAUAUGACUGUCAUAUUAUUGGGAUCUGGCUCGACCAAAUUGAAACCAUAUACCUUAGUUACGCUGGUAAUACAACCAUCGACAGUUCUGCAUCUGCUGAUUUAAAUGCAUUCAAUGUUCUUAGCCUGCAGCAAAAUGUUCUUUUAAGGAGGAUUCUAUUAGGCAUAUUGAUUGGAUCCCCUGUUAGUAUAACCGAGGAUGGAUGUGAACUUCUACUGCACUAUGCUGCAACUGGGAAAUUUCUUCGGUCAAGGGAAACUAUGCUUGCCAGACCAAGACAUGUAAAACAGAACUCUGAAAGGGAUGACUUAACUACCUGGAUUGAAAAAUGUGGUGACAAAGAUGUUUUAGCAGGUUCUUUUACUGUUUUUGGUUUGACAGAUGCUGUUGAUAGGAUAUCUGUUUCUUUUUUCGAGAAUGAAGAGAGUGGGUUAGAUUUCAUUUACCAGGUGAAAGUAAAAUCGGGGAAGUAUUUAAUGAAGUGCAUCAAGAGACUAAGCCAACUUAACAUUAGUGAAGGAGGAGUUUUGACAUUAAGGGACCUACGCAGUAGAUUGGAACUAUGGAGGCAUCAAGGGCCGGAAAUAUUACAUGUUCAGAAAGACGUAGAUGAUAUCAUCAAUGACUUGAAUCAGAAACUAUCUUUGUGA